GGGGCGGGAAGCGCGCCAGCCAGUAGCGGCCCGAAGGCGCCCGCGGCCGGACGCUCCCACGCCACAGGGCAGCUGAACAGGAUGGUAGCCCGGCGCUGAGAUGUCGUCGCCCCUGAGCCGCCUGGGUCUGGGGCCCCGCGGUCAGCCGAGGACUCUGCGCGUCAUGGUCCUGGGCCAGGCCGGCGUCGGCAAGUCUGCUCUGGUGGUGAGGUUCAUUACCAAGCGCUACAUCGGCGAGUACGACCCGACGCUGGAGAAGGUGUACCACUUCCAGACUGUGAUGGACGGUGAGGCGGUGGUGUUCGAGAUCCUGGACACCGCUGGACAAUCGCACGAGAGCGAGUGCGUGACGCUGGAGGCGAACAUCCGCUGGGCGGAGGCGUUCGUGCUGAUGUACUCGGUGACGGACAAGUGCUCCUUCGACGAGUGCAACCGGCUCAAGUUCCUCAUCAACUACAACAAGCGCCGGCGCCGGCUCGGGCCCGCCACGCACAAGGAGCCGGUGGGGGAGGCGCCGGUGGUGCUGGUGGGCAACAAGACGGACCAGUGGGGCGAGCGCAUGGUGAGCCGCGAGGAGGGGCUGCGCCGCUGCCGGGACACCGCCUGCGCCGCCUUCCACGAGCUCUCCGUGCGCGAGAGCAUCGAGCAGGUGUGGUCGGUGUUCCGGGACGUGUACCGGCUGUGGCGGCUGCACGCCAAGGGCGCCCGCCUCUGCCGAUCCCGCAGCGAACUCUCCUCGGCCGCCGCCGUCGCGCUGCUAGGGCGCCGGUGGACCGAGGUGGAGCUGGACGAGGAAGGGGAGGCGGAGGCGAACGGCGACCAGGCGGCGGGGCGCGCGGUCGCUGACGUCAGCGCGGACCCGCUCCCGGCGUUCCGUGCGCGGGCCUCGACGGACGGCCACCUGCUGUCGCGGCCGCGCCUCUGGAAGCUGCCACACCCCCACAACCAGCCGCGCACCGAGCGCCGUAUGAGCAUCUCCAUGCGCGGCAACAACGCCAGCUGCUGAGCGGCACUACCUUCGUGACGUCAUCAGCCUCAGGAGGCGGCCGGCCGGACAGUGGACACUGCCGACGGUCCUCCAGAUGAUGACUGCAACCGGCUCGAAACACAGCUUUCACCUGCACAACUAGAAACUGAUCCCUCUAUACAGACUUUUCUACAGGCAGCUUCAGUUACGGGGCCAGUCAUAAAGUUUGAGCUAUUUAUUGGAUAGAAGAGUGCAGAUAUUUAAGCACCAGGGCCCCCAUUUCUGCUGCAGUUUCUGGUUCCUGAAUGAGGGGCUCAUUUACCCACACUGGAAAUGUCAGCGCUUUUUACCUACAGGGUCAUACAACACUGACAGCCAUUUUAUCACGAAUGUCAGUGGCAUAUCUUCUUAACAAAGAAUAAUAAUAAUCCCGAAAAGACACAAAUCAUCAUUCGAGCACCCAUGUCUCAUACCAUUCUAAAUUGUUCUCCAUGAUAGUGUGAACUACCUGACCACCCCUUGUGCUUUCUUACUAGCGUGCAAUGUGGUGCAGACAACAUUAUGCUCUAGAAUAGUAGUAUUUCCAUACCUAAAUUCCCGACAAGACCAAUUCUGAUCUCAGUAGAACCAUUGUGACUGUGUGUGUUUAUUCCUGUGUGUGUGUGCGUGCGUGUGUGUGUGUGUGUGUGUGUGUGUGUGUGUGUGUGUGUGACAGAGAGAGAGAGAGAG